AAAACGUAGUGUUCGAAUCUUUUCGCAGGUCAGCUUUUUAAAUUGCAAUGUGUCUAAUUUAUGUCUUUGCUUGGUUAGAUUUCAUUACAUGCAAAUUGCUGCAAAAGGUUGAAUAAUCUGGCCGACCAGUGAAACUUGUGCUUUGUUUUUGCAAUAGUGCACAGCGUUCGCAAAAAGUGAGAGUUAAUCGCAAAGAAUUCGAACGGCAAUGGUACUAUCUACUUUUGGUUGCUUCUGCUAGAAAAGCAUUCUUCGCUGGCGGUGUUCCCCGUGAAGAGCCGAAAGCGGGGUAGAGAAAAAGAAUUAUUAACAUGUCGGAUAUGAAACGUGUGGCACUGACGACGAUCGGUGACGCGGUAAAGAAAAGUCCCUUCGGUGGCAGUGGGUCAGACCAAAACACGAAUAAUUUCUUCUCCGGUGCGUUGGCCAGCUCGAAGAGCGGCACCAGCAGUAGCAGCGGCAGCAGCAAAGACCGCAAAACGGUCCGCCUGGAGCUGAAACUGUUCGAGCCCACGGAGAACAGCUUCCCGGAGUUCAGCUUUGCGAAGCUCGUACGCGAAGAGCAGAAACGGCAACGCAAAAUAGAGAAAAAGAGUACUGCAAAUGGAUUUCUUCCCGAACCGGACGACAACAGCGAUGUGGCACGCAUCGCACGAGAACUGGAGAAAAAGUACGGUUCCGGGACAGCCUACAGUAGCAGUGGAAAGUUUGCUCGGCCCACGCAGCUGGACUAUUGUGACCGAGGCGCGGGCUACGACGAAGAGGAUUCCUUCAUAGAUAAUACCGAAGCGUACGACGAAAUAAUCCCGGAAGAGAUCGAAACCGUGUGCGGUGGUUUUUACAUCAAUUCCGGUCCGUUGGAGUUCAAAAAGCUGUCCAACUUUGAACGGCCCGAAGAUGCGCUUCGGAUGCCGAAACGAAAAAAGCGGGCGUUGUCAUCGUCCAGUGAAGACAGCAGUGACCGAGAGGACACGGCAAAAGCGGUGCCAAAAAAAGUGGUUACGAAAAAGAAAGAUGAGCUGGGAGCUGGUAGUGCGACUAGUGGAACUGACAGCACGGCAGGCAAAGGGGGUAAGCUAGGGAAGAAACGGUUAAACGGUCACGUUGUAAAAAAGGUCAAAAUGACCGCAGAAAAACAGGCUAAUCGUAAGGCCACAGGGGCAAAUAAGGAAAAGAAAAAGAAGAAAGAAUCGAAAGUUAUAAAUGCUGAAGCAGUCGGUGGAAAAGAUGUGAAAGUGGUUAAAACAACAACAGUGAAAGAUAUGUUGCGAGCGAAACGGGACAGUUUGCGAAAGAUGGAACAGGAAAAAAAGGGUGGCCGAAGCAGCGGCUCAGGAUCUACUUCCGAGGCGGAUGAGGAUGGUGAGAAUGAUGGAACGGACGAUGGAAGUGAUUCUAGUGAAAGUGAUAGCAGUGACAGUGGAUCAGAUGACUCUGAGAGUGACAGCGCUUCCGCUUCCGAGCCAGAAAAGAAGGUUGACAGUGAAGCCGAAAGCAAAAAGCUUAAAGAAGUUAAACUGCCAGAUAAUCUGCCGGAUCAUUUAUUGCAAGACUUGAGCAGUUUGAAGGACAUUGCAAAGAACACAAGUGGCAAGUUAAACUUUUUCGAUGCCACUGUUGCUGAUCUUCUGCUGCAAAUCGAUGUUAGUUCUCGAAUGUGCGGUGGAAGUGCGCGGAAUGCUAUAUACAAACAUCUGGAACUGCAUCUGCAAGUCAGUAGGCAGACACUGAUGGUAAAAAUUAAGAAAAUCCGAAUAAGGAAAGAGGAUAACAAGGUUAAAAAGGCGCUCAAUAAAUUGGAAGAUGUGGUGACGGAGCUGAUGCCGAAGGUACUAACAAACUAUGAAAAUGAGCGGCAGAAAGCAAUCGAAUUGCGUAACGCACAGCCUACUACUAGCGAAAAUAGUGAAAAAACAGAUAUUAAGUAUCCAAAGAAAAAAUUCCCUUGGAAUGAUCAGCUUCGAACACUGUUAUUCGAAGUAGCCGCCAUACGGAAGCAAUCCUUCCACAUUCUUCGUCCUAGAAAGGAAACAGAGGAAGACUACGUCAACAGCUACCUGAAAAAAUCAGUAGUUCCACUCUGGCCGACCGGAUGGAUGAAGUUCGAAGAACUUCAAAAGGAACUAGACCGUCGGAAAAAGGCCGACAUGAAAGCUGCCAACAAGGAAGUCAAGAAGACAGUUCAACUGUCGGCGGUGACAGCUUCUGCGGUGCUAUCACCAGUAACAAACGGACCGGGAGGAGGUAAACCGGAUGCAGUAUUAACCCCAGCAGUGAAACAACCGAAAACCGAUGAGAAGAAACUGAUUCGACCGGCACAACAAUCACCAAUUAUAACUGCCACAAAUAUGACCCAGCCUUCGCCAAGCACUUCACCGGCAGGUCUGAAGAAAACAUCCGAUCACAGCAUCAUCAACAUCAUCAGUUCGCCACCAAGUAAAAGUUCCUCACAUUCCAGUCAUCCGCUUGCUCAGCAACAGCCUCAGCCGCUGUCUCAAAUGCAGCAACAGCAACAACAACAACCACCACGACCUCAAUCGCAGCCACCACGGCCACCUCUCAAUUUUGACGAGGACCUAAUACAGACACACAUAAUUAAUCUAGAGGUGGGUCCAAGUACCGCCAAAAGAUCGCCAAUCAAUCCCACCACAAUAGUAUCGGAUUAUCCGAAAGAUCUCCGGAUAAAUUCGCCGGCUCUGUCCUCGGCAUCUUCAGCAUCUUCAUCCCGCAGACAAUCUUCCUACCAAGAUCCAUCACCGCCGAUGGCGCACACAACUCCCACAACAAUCGUUCCAAGCAGCAGCACUGGCCGCAAGGAUCGCAAAAGCUUGGACGACGACAGCGACAGCAGUAUCGAAAUCAUCGGAGAGUACAACGUUGCAGAUAAACACGGCAUUUCACCCGUACAGCAGAAAGUGGAUCCGUUAAAUUUGGCUUUGCCUUCGCUGAACAAAGACAAGUACAAAAACAUCGGAAACAGCUCCGGUAAGAGCAGUAGCAGCAGCAGCAGCACCAUCCAUGGCGGUUUCUCCAAGGGAGCAACCUCCGCAACGAACUUCAAUAACAACUUAGAAAAAGCGAAAUAUGUCGCACCAACAGCAGCCAGUACCAGCGGUUCAUUUGCUUUGCCCACAAUGGCGGGAUUGAUGCAAUCCAACUCCAGUAUGCCACCAAAAGCUACCUCCAUACCGGGAGAACUUGACGUCAUUCGAAUUAUGAAGGAACUUCAAGAGUUACAGGCAAUUCAAAUGAACUCGAUGAACAAAGCUAGUUUGAAGAGCGACAGUCCGAAACCAGCGCACAUAUUUCCAUCAACUUCGAAGAAGACGGAACCCGUCAAUCACAAAACCCAGUCACCGGGACCGGCAGCUUCCCAGCACCAACAGCAAUCUCAUCACAAAAAACCCGUCGUCAUGCUGAACGGAGCCCUGUCCAGCCCUCCAGCGAGCAAAGCGUCAACAGAGAAUGUGUCGAAGCCGGAAGCGUUGGCGGCCACGUCGAAAAAGGCGACUCAAAACUAGGACUGGAAAUAAUCUAAUGCCACUGACAUCCAAGAUGUUUGUUAGAAUUUACUGUUGUUUGUGUGUGUGUUUGUGUGUGCGUAAGAAUAAAUAUAUAUCCAUAGAGCCACGAUAUUUGUACAUACGGAAGCAAUAGGCGUAACAAAAAAUUAACCAAAAUAGUCACUGGAAGGUGUUAGGCAAACACUGCAAGUACACAAGUAAGCCGAAUUCAUCGUCGAAGCCACAGGAGAAUAAACGAUAGUUUUGUUAAAUUAUGUUACUCCUUUUUCUUUGAUCCAAUAAUUUUAUGUUAUUAUUUAAUUUUAUGUUCUUGUUUCAUAAUAAUGUAACGAAAAGUUCUAAUUGAUUCAAUGAAAAGUGUAACGCGAAAUCAUCAUUUACCUAUCGGUUAAGUUCUAGUGAUUAGGGAGAGGUAAAGUAAUAAUAAAAAUCAUUU